AUGUCAGAAACACUCGGGGACGAAUACUACCCCUCAUUUGCGCCAUUCUUGGGCUUUGCGGGCUGUGCCGCAGCAAUGAUGCUCUCGUGCGCCGGUGCCGCCAUCGGCACCGCGAAAUCGGGCAUUGGUAUCGCAGGUAUCGGGACUUUCAAGCCGGAAUUGAUCAUGAAGUCGUUGAUCCCCGUGGUCAUGUCCGGUAUAUUGUCGGUGUACGGCUUGGUCGUUGCCGUGUUGAUUGCUGGUGGAUUAUCGCCUACGGAGAACUACUCGCUAUUCAAUGGCUUCAUGCAUUUGGCUUGUGGUUUGGCGGUGGGGUUCGCUUGCUUGGCCUCGGGGUAUGCUAUUGGCAUUGUUGGCGAUGAAGGGGUGAGGCAGUUUAUGCACCAGCCCCGUUUGUUUGUGGGAAUAGUGUUGAUUUUGAUCUUUGCUGAAGUCUUGGGGUUGUAUGGGAUGAUCAUCGCCUUGAUCUUGAAUACAAAGGGAAGCGGUUAA